UUGGCCAGAAUCUGGCAACCUCAAAGCUCAUCCCGACUGAAAACAAGCGGAGCACCCUCUCCGGUUAGCUGGCACAGAGCUAACUAACUUUCCUUUAAGCCUGCGCACCUGGAACAACCAGUCCAUUUGAGGGAGUCCCCUUUAAUCAAAACAAUGACGGUGACCUGACCAAUGGACCAAGCCAGUGUCUGCUCUACCACAGGGUCACGUUUGGGGAUAGAUCAUGAAUGACAAACUAGUGUUCUUGGGCCUGCUGUACUUUGUCCAGGGCAUUCCCUAUGGUCUCCAGUCAUCGUUGCUUCCUGUAUACCUGCGAGGAGCUGGGCACUCUCUCACACGCAUCGGUUUUACCAAGAUCCUUUACUUCCCCUGGGUACUCAAAGUCCUCUGGGCGCCUUUGGUGGACCGAGUUGGUACUAAGCGUCGCUGGCUGGUGGGAACAGUCUCUGGCCUUGCUCUAACAUGCCUCUCCAGUGCUGCCCUGGCCCCAGAGGCACAUAUUUGGGGUGUAGCUGGAACCCUGCUGGCAAUGAACACCUUGGCCUCUGUUCAGGACAUUGCUGUAGAUGGAGCUGCAGUGGGGUUGUUAAAAGGACGUGGGGAGCUGGGCCUUGGGAACACAGCACAAGUUGUAGGGUAUAAAGCUGGGUCAGUGUUUGCCGGAGGUGGGCUGCUAGCUGUGAUUGACGUGGCUGGAUGGAGCUGGAUGUUUAUGCUGCUGACAUUUGUGUAUGCUGGUGUAGCCCUGUUUGUGUGGGGGGCCCCUGUGUUGGAUGAUGAGACUGUGAGGGGCCAGCAGGCAGACGGCAGCAAAAAGGGAGGGCAGGGAGCAGACGCUGUGCGGCCGUGGAGGGUGUGGAGGAAGCUGCUGGCAGUGCCUGGCACACCUUGGACAGUUCUCUAUGUGCUAACAUACAAAUUGGGUGAGCAGGGUGCAGUAACCAUGUUUCCUCUGUUCCUGUUGGAUCACCACAUGACUGCCAGGGAGCUCGGCUUCUGGAACGGCGUCAUCGCCAUGGGUUUCUCCAUCUGCGGAUCGUCCCUGGGAGGCCUGCUGCUCGCUCAGUUUAGCAUCGGGGCCCUGAUGCGGCGCGUGUUUGUGUUGCGAACAAUCAGCAUGGUCUUCCAGAGUUCUCUGCUCACUGUCCUCGAACCAUCACCGCUCAUGAAAGGUAUGGCAGUCUUGAGCAUGAGUGUUCAACACUUCCUGGGUGGUCUCAUCACCACGCUCACCUUCACUACCAUGAUGCAUUGCACUCAGAGGGCCGAGGAAAGCAUUCAGGCGACCCACUACAGUUUCUUGGCUACUCUCGAGGUGCUGGGGAAGCUGAUGUUCAGCGCUCUGGCCGGAGGCUUGGUGGAUUGGUUUGGUUUCCAAGUUGCCUUCCUCUUCUUCCUCACCCUCUCUGCCGGAACGGCCCUGCACGUGUGGACAGCUACCUUCACCGGUGCUCUUAGGGAACACCAGCAGCCCAAAUGAGAUCAGGGUGAAACAUCCUGGCUUAGGUGCUGAAACAGUGGUGAAAUAAUUUGAGUAUUUGGACUCAUUAAAAAGCUCUUGAAUCCUGUUAAAUGUAA